AACACAUGUUCAGGCCUCUGCAGUAACCUUUACACGGUACUAAAUACUGGCGGCGUUAUGGUUUAACAUGUGAGACUGACUGGCACUCAGUCUGUGGUCUCUCUGUGUGUUCUCAGCUGCAGGAUGAAAUAAAAUAGAAAUAUUAACAGUUAAAAACCCUCACAGAGCUGCAGCCGUGUGAGUGAAGAGACGUCAAUGAGAAUCCACAGUGAGAGAUGAUGGACUCUGAGGUGUCUCUGCUGCUGCACUGUGCAGCCUGGAGGGGGCUGCUGGAGUCUCAAGUACAAGUGGAGCUCUCUGAAAGAUUCAACAGGCAGACAGAUCCGGCUCUAGAGCGUCUGAUAGAUGAGGUGUGGACAGAGCGGGUGUCCAAGGAGCCGUGGCUUUUCAAUGGGUCCAAAUUCAGACUGCACUCUUUCUGCUUGGCCUCGUCACCCUCUGUUCCUCCUAAACACCCUUCAUGCUCUCAGCCAACCCUCAUCUCCUUCUCAGACUGUGCAGAGGAGCAGGAGGGAGAGUUACAACACAGCAGACAAACAGUGAAGGAGGAUCUGUGUAUCACUGAUGGUCUGCAUGACGCUGCUCAGAGCAGUUUGGACAGAAACGGACCUGUGAAGACAGAAAGUGUAGACCGUGUCAGUGAGAGCAUCACAGCUGAACCCUCUUCCAAAAACACAGAUGAUCAAAACACCACUCCGCUCCUCACUCUGAGACUAGGCCUCACAUGCUAUAAGGACUACCUGGGAACAAACUGGUCAUGUCAAGUGGCAGAGCUUCGUCAGCGAGGGGAGGAGGAGUUCAGUGAUCCUCUGGUGCUGCUGGCUCAGCCUCUGGGUGUAGGUGGCAUCCUGUGUACGGACGACAGUCAGGUGGUGUUCAUCAGGAGGAGCCAGAGGGUGGCGGAGGCAGGGGGGCUCCUGGACAUCCCCGGAGGUCACCCAGAGCCAAAGGUGGUGUGUGAGCGUCUGGGCCACGCAGUGUGUGAGGAGCAGAUCAGUGUGGACAUGAUGCAGCAGAGGCUCGUCGUCUCGGAGCUGUUUUCGUCUGUGUGCGCCGAGAUCAGAGACGAGGUGAAUAUUCCCCUGAGCUCCCUCGGAGAGCCGGUCCUGAUGGGUGUCGCUCUGAAUCACACCAGCGCCGGGAGACCAAGUGCUGAGUUCUACGUCAGUUGCUCGUUGACAUCUGAUGAGGUCAGAAAGUUGUACUGGAAAGGAGGAGCAGAGGCCCAUGAGUCCACAGAUAUCGUGUUCCUCAGCAGAACAGAGGUGUUGCAGCUGGACAGGAACAGCCCUCUGUGGUCGGAGCUGUGUCCUUCAGCUAAAGGAGCCGUGCUGCUGUAUCAGACAGUGAAGCCUGACGGAGAGCGAGGACACGACACUCAGCUGGUCGCAUCAGGAGAUGUGUCCAGAUGAUCAAAAAUACACAAAGAAACCUUUUCAUUUACUGUAAUCACUCCCUGACCAAUACUGGUGUUAACACUGUGCAAAACACUGUAUUUUUCAUUAUUUGUACACUGUGCAGUAAAAACAUGUUUAAAAUUUAAAAAUAUUUUUUAGAAUAAAAACCCUCAAAGUGACCUGGUUAAAAUUAUUAAAUACUACAACUCUGAUUUUCUUUGAUUCGUCAAAGCAGCAAGUGCAACACAUCCUGUGGUCUGUAAUUCUCUGUCUCUAGUAGGGCUGGACGAUUAUGGCAAAAAUAGUAAUCACGAUUAUUUUUGAUUGAUAUUGAAAUCGCGAUUAAUAAACACGAUUAUAAGUUGGUGGUGUUGCCUUGGGGGGCGGACACCACAGCGUGACAAACAUUGCAAACAAUUUCUUUUUCCUCGACGUCCGUCAACUUGAAGCCAAAAUGUUUCCAGAUGACUGAAGUUGUCCUACCUUUCUCCUCAACCAAAGGCUGCCUUUCUGCCAUGUUCUUAAUCGCUCGCUCCACAUAGUAUUGAUCCACACACGUCACACGCUUGCUGCUGCUGCACGUAACACAGGCGCAUUCACGGUGCUUUUCCAGCACAGGAACUUACAUACACGCCGUGCGGCGCAUUAAUCGCUUUUCUUCGAUUAUGUUUUUACGAUCAUGAGAAGCCAAAAUUGAAAUCAUGAUUAAAAUUCGAUUAAUCGUCCAGCCCUAGUCUCUAGUCUAUUAUAUCACUUGCUGAUGUAAUUAUCUUUUUUUUUU